AACAACAGAGACAACUACUACAACAGAUACUACAACUAUUACAGUGACGACUUCGACGUCAACCACAACAGACACUACAACUACUACAACAGAGACUACAACUACAACAGACACUACAACUACUACAACAGAGACUACAACUACUACAGUGACGACUUCGACGUCAACCACAACAGACACUGCAACUACUACAACAGAGACUACAACUACAACAGAGACUACAACUACUACAGUGACGACUUCGACGUCAACCCCAACAUCAACAACAAGUACCACUACGACGACGACUACUCCACCACCAUGUGGUGCUAGCGUGUGUUGUAAUGCAAUUUGUCCUGCGUGUACUCGUGGUGGUGUCACCUAUUUUUGUCGAGCAUAUAACGGUGGUGCUAGUGGGUAUAAUAUCUAUACAAGUUUAGCUUCGUGUAAUGCUAAUGGUGCAAGCUCUUAUUACUGUAAUUAUAGUCCCAGUUGUGGUUCUGGAAGUGGCUCUCCUGGCUUUGGUUCUGGCUCUGGAUGUUAA